GUUUCGUGCGGAGGGCAGAGGAGCGAGGAGCGAGGAGCGAGGAGCGCUGCGGGUUGGAUUUCAUUGUAUGGAUGUGCCAUUAUUAAACCAGUUCCUCUUUGAUGGACAUUUGGGGGUUUUCCAACAGGGGUCUACCUGAUGGAAACAACCUGCAAAUCCAGCUCAAGACACAAGACUUGGCCCGGGUGUCCAUGAGACCCUCUCCGCAGACACCCUAAGCAUCUAUGAUGAACCAGGAAGCCAAGGCCAGCUCCUCAUGGACCCCAUCAGCCUCCAGCUGGACACCGAGAACCUAGGUUGCCUCGUGAGUCUGCUCAGCGAACACCCAGAAUGGCUGAGUGCCAAGGUCAAGUUCUUUCUCCCCAACAAGGACCUGGGCUCCGGGAAUGAGGCCCUAGAACUCAGGCAGACAGUCUCCCUACAACUCAGGGAACUGCACGCCCAAGGAACUGCUACAUGGCAGAAGUUCAUCAACUGUGUGUGCAUGGAGCUGGAUGUGCCGCUGGACCUAGAGGUGGUGCUGCUGAGUACCUGGGGCCACGGAGAAGGAUUUCCUAGUCCUUCGGAAGCUGAUGAAGAAAGCCAACCUGAAUCUCAGCUCCACCAUGGCCUCAAGAGGCCUCAUCAGAGCUGUGAGUCCUCCCCCUGCCCGAAGCAGAGCAGGAAGCAGCAACUGGAGCUGGCCAAGAAGUACCUGCAGCUGCUGAGGACUUCUGCCCGGCAGCGCUAUGGCGACAAGCUCCCGGGGCCAGGACAGCCCUUCUCUUCCCGCCAGGCCUACGUCCCCCCAAUCCUGCAGUGGAGCCGGACCACAGCACCCUUCGACACUCAGGAAGGGGUUAUGAUGGGAGACCCCAAGACAGAAGAUGGUGCUGACAUGAGUAUCUGGGACCUCGUCAACACUAGGGCCGAAAAAGGCCCAAGGGUGACGGUGCUCCUGGGGAAGGCCGGCAUGGGCAAGACCACGCUGGCCCGCCGGCUCUGCCAGGGCUGGGCUGAUGGCCACCUGCACCGCUUCCAGGCCCUGUUCUUUUUCGAAUUCCGCCAGCUCAAUCUGGUUACCAGUUUCCUGACUCUGCCCCAGCUCCUUUUUGAUCUGUACCUGAGCCCCGAGGCAGGCCGCGAUGCCGUCUUCCAGUACCUGGAGGAAAAUGCUAAUGAGGUCCUGCUCAUCUUCGAUGGGCUGGAGGAGGCCCUCGCCUCCUGUUCCAGUGGGGAGACUGUAGGCCCUGAGGACCCAGGUUCAGCCCUCGCCCUCUUCGCCAGCCUCUGCCGUGGGAAACUCCUGCCUGGCUGCUGGGUCAUUGCCACCUCCCGUCCGGGGAAGCUGCCAGCCUGCCUGCCCACAGAGGCAGCCAUAGUCCACAUGUGGGGCUUUGAUGGGCCCCGGGUGGAGGAGUAUGUGGGCCGCUUCUUCAGUGACGAGCUGUUGCAGAAGUCGGCUCUAGCAGAACUGCGAGCAAAUAGACAUCUCCAGAGCAUGUGCGCGGUGCCUGCCCUGUGCCAAGUCGCCUGCCUUUGCCUCUGCCGUCUGCUUCCGGGCAGCUCUCCAGGCCAGUCUUCAGCUCUCCUGUCCACUGUGACUCAAAACUAUGUACAGAUGGUGCUCACCCUCAACCCCCGUGGAUACCUGAAUGCUGAAUCCCUGCUGGGCCUCAGUGAGUUGGCCCUGUUGGGCUUGCAGACUGGGAAGGUUAUCUUCUCUGCAGGAGACAUUCCUCCGUCCAUGAUGGUCUUUGGAAUUGCUCGUGGCCUGCUGACCUCCUUCUGCAUCUAUACAGGCCCUGGGCACCAGGAGACAGUCUAUGCCUUCACCCACCACAGCCUGCAGGAGUUUUUUGCUGCCCUGCACCUGAUGGCCAGCCCCAAGGUGGAUAAAGACACACUCGUCCGCUACGUUACCCUCAAUUCUCGCUGGCUACUGCGGACCAAAUCUAGACCGGGCCUCUUAGACCACCUCCCCACCUUCCUGGCAGGUCUGGCAUCCCGUGCCUGCCAUUCCUUCCUCAGCCGCUUGAUGCAGAAGGAUGAGGUGUGGGUGGGUACCAAGCAGGCUGCAGUCGUACAGGCAUUGAGGAAGUUGGCCACCCGCAGGCUCACAGGACCAAAGGUUGUAGAAUUAUGUCACUGUGUGGGUGAGACACAGGAAGCUGAACUGGCUGGUCUCAUGGCCCAAAGCCUCCCUGAUCAACUGCCCUUCCACAAUUUCCCAUUGACCUACGUUGACCUGGCUGCCCUGACCAACAUCCUCAGGCACAGGGAUGCCCCUAUCCACCUGGAUUUUGAGGGCUGCCCCCCGGAGCCCCGCUGCCCUGAGGCCUUGGCAGGCUGUGGGAAGGUGGAGAAUCUCAGCUUUAAGAGCAGAAAGUGUGGGGAUGCCUUUGCAGAAGCCCUCUCCAGAAGCUUGCCAACAAUGGGGAGCCUGAAGAAGCUGGGGUUAGCAGGAAGUAAGAUUACUGCCCGAGGCAUCAGCCACCUGGUACAGGCUUUACCCUCCUGUCCAUACCUGGAAGAAGUCAGCUUUCAAGACAACCAGCUCAAGGACCAGGAGGUGCUGAACAUUGUGGAGGUUCUCUCCUGCCUGCCACAGCUCCGAAAACUUGAUCUAAGCCGCAACAAUGUCUCCGUGACGACCCUACUCUGCUUGACAAAGGUGGCAGUCACACGUCCUUCCAUCAAGAUGCUGCAAGUGAGGAAGGAGGACCUCGUCUUUCUUCUCUCCCCGCCCACUGAGAGAGCUGCAGAGCCGCAAGGAUCCCCAGACCUACAGGGAAAUGCCAGCCAGAGGAAAGAGGCUCGGGGCAGAAGCCUGACACUCAGGCUGCAGAAUUGUCAGCUCACCGUCCAAGAUGUGGAGAUGCUCAUAGCCCAGCUCCAGGAAGGCCCCCACCUGGACGAAGUAGACCUCUCCGGGAACCAGCUGGAAGAUGAAGGCUGUCAACGGAUGGCAGAGGCUGCACCCCAGCUGCACAUCGCUGGGAAGCUGGACCUCAGCGACAAUGGGCUCUCGGUGGCCGGGGUGUACCGUGUGCUGAGUGCAGUGAGCACGUGCCAGACCCUGGCAGACCUGCACAUCAGCCUCUUGCAUAAAACUGUGGUCCUCACGUUUGUCCCAAAGAUGGAGGAACAGGAGGGAACCCAGGGGAGGGUUCCAGUUCUUGACAGCCUUGUGCCCCAGAUGCCCUCUGAGCUGCCCCUGCAUUCUUCAAGGAUCAGGCUGACAUACUGUGGUUUGCAAGCCCAGCACCUAGAGCAGCUCUGCACAGCGCUGAGAGGAAGCUGCAGCCUCAGUCACCUCGACUUAUCAGGCAAUGCUCUAGGGGAUGAAGGUGCCACCCAGUUGGCUCAGCAGCUCCCAGGGUUGGGCACUCUACAGUCCUUGAACCUCAGUGAAAACGGCUUUUCCCUGGACACUGCGUUCAGUUUGGCCCAGUGCUUCUCUACGGUGCAGUGGCUUUGCCACGUGAACGUCAGCUUUGAGAGCCAAGUCGUCAUCAUGAGAGGUGACAGAAGAACCAGCGAUCUGUCAGCUGGUGGGUCCUUGCCAGAGUUCCCAGCGCGAGCCCAGUUCUUGAGGUUUGGUCGGCGCUGCAUCCCCCGGAGCUUCUGCCUCACGGAGUGUCUGUUGGAGCCCCUGAGGGUCACCCGCCUCUGUGAGACUCUGGAGAAGUGCCCAGGGCCUCUGGAAGUCAAAUUGUCCUGUGGGGUCCUGAGUGACCAGAGCCUGGACGCCCUGCUGGGGCACUUGCCCCAGCUCCCCCAGCUGAGCCUGCUACAGCUGAACCAGACGGAACUGUCGCCAGGGAGCCUCUUCCUGCUGGCUAACUUCUUCAGCCUGUGCCCGCGAGUUCAGAAGGUGGAUCUCAGGUCCCUGUAUCAUGUGACCUUGCACUUCAGAUCUAACGAGGAGCAGAAAGGAGGGCGCUGUGGCAGGUUCACGGGCUGUGGCCUCAGCCAGGAGCACGUGGAGCCACUGUGCAAGUUGCUGAGGAAGUGUGAAGACCUCAGCCAGCUGGACCUCUCAGCCAACCAGCUGGGUGAUGAUGGACUCAGGUGCCUCCUGCAAUGUCUGCCUCGGCUGCCCAUCUCCGGUUCACUUGAUCUGAGUGACAACGGCAUCUCCCAGGAAGGCGCCCUGUGCCUGGUGGAGACUCUGCCCUCCUGCUCAUGUGUCCGGGAGGCUUCUGUGAACCUGGGCUCCCAGAAGAGCUUCUGGAUUCACUUCUCUCAACAGGAAGAGGCUGGGAAGAUGCUGAGGCUGAGCGAGUGCGGCUUCGGGCCAGAGCAUAUGCCCAGACUGGCCACCGGCCUGAGCCAGGCCCAGCAGCUGACAGAGCUCACGCUGACCCGGUGCUGCCUGGACCUGCAAGACCUGACUGUCCUCCUGAGUCUGGUGACAAGGCCAGAGGGGCUGCUCAGUCUCAGGGUGGAGGAGCCGUGGGUGGGCAGAGCUGGGGUGCUCGCCCUGCUGAAAAUCUGCACCCAGGCCUCAGGCAACAUCACCGAGAUAAGUAUCUCUGAGACCCAGCAGCAGCUCUGUAUCCAGCUGGAAUUUCCCCGUCAGGAGAACCCGGAGGCCGUGGCCCUCAGGUUGUCUCACUGUGACCUGGAGACCCACCACAGCCUUCUCGUCAGGCAGCUGAUGGAGACAUGCACCAGGCUGCAGCAGCUCAGCUUGUCCCAGGUGAAACUCUGCGAUGUGAGCUCCUUGCUGCUGCAAAGCCUCCUGCUGGCCCUCUCUGAGCUGAAGAAAUUCCGGCUGGCCUCCUGCUGUGUCAGCUCCCAGGGCCUGGCCCACCUGGCAUUUGGUCUGAGCCACUGUCACCACCUGGAGGAGCUGGACCUGUCGAACAACCAGCUUGGCAAGGAGGACACCAAGGUGCUGAUGGGGGCCCUUGAGGGCAAGUGCUGGCUAAAGAGGCUUGACCUCAGCAACUUCCUGCUGGGUGGGCCCACCCUAGCUGUGCUCACUGAAGGACUAAGCCACAUGACCCGCCUGCAGAGCCUCAAUCUGAGCAGGAACGACAUUGGUGACGUCGGCUGCUACCACCUUUCCAAGGCCCUCAGAGCUGCCACCAGCUUGGAGGAGCUGGGCUUGAGCUACAACCAGAUUGGAGACACUGGUGCCCAGCACUUAGCUGCCGUCCUGCCGGGGCUGCCUGAGCUCAGGAAGAUAGACCUCUCAGCAAAUAACAUCGGCCCGGCUGGGGGCGUGCAGUUGGCGGAGUCUCUCACCCUUUGCAAACACCUGGAGGAGCUGAUGCUUGGCUGCAAUGCCGUGGGGAAUCCCACAGCCCUGGGGCUGGCCCAAGGGUUGCCCCAGCACCUGAGAGUCCUGCACCUGCCAUCCAGCCGUCUGGGCCCAGAGGGGGCACUGAGCCUGGGCCAGGCCCUGGAUGGGUGCCCACAUCUGGAAGAGAUCAGCUUGGCCGAGAACAGCCUGGCCGGAGGGGUCCCACAUUUCCGUCAGGGGCUCCCACUGCUCAGGCAUAUAGACCUGGUUUCGUGUGAUAUUGACAACCAGACUGCCAAGCCCCUCACUGCCAACUUCGUGCUUUGCCCGGCCCUGGAAGAGAUCCUGCUGUCCUGGAAUCUGCUCGGGGAUGAAGCAGCUGCCGAGCUGGCCCGGGUGCUGCCACAGAUGGGCCGGUUGAAGAGAGUAGACCUGGAGAAGAAUCGGAUCACCGCUCAUGGAGCCUGGCUCCUGGCCGAAGGGCUGGCACAGGGGUCUGGCAUCCAAGUCAUCCGCCUCUGGAAUAACCCCAUCCCCGCCGACUCGGCCCAGCGUCUGCAGAGCCAGGAGCCCAGGCUGGACUUUGCUUUCUUCCACAACCAGCCACAGGCCUCUCGGGGCACUUGAAGGCCCUCUCAAGACCCUUCGAAGCCAGCCAAGUGAUGCCAGGUUGCACCCACCAUGAUAGAGGGCUCAGUAAAAGCCUCAGCUGGGUGCCCCUGCACCCUGCCUCAGGAGGGAGGGGCACGUUUGAUCUGUUACAGUCUUCAAGGAGGACAUAUUUGGGGACCAGGAGUCUACUAUGGCCCAUACACUACCCUGUAUUACAUGUGACACAUAUGACCAGUAGGGAUGUGUGGCACGAUGAGGUGUUAUGAUAUGAUACAUAACAGAGAAGUUCAUACGUGGCAGAGUUCCAUGUGAUAUCACAUGGAAUUGCGGUGUGGCCUGUGGGUCAGUGUCAUGGAUCCUAGCACCACACGUGGCAGGACACAUGAUCGAUGGUCCAUAUAUGAUACAUGACAAAUAUCCAUGUCAUGUGACACGUGGCUGGCCAAAUGCUCUCGGGCUGGUCCAAGAUCUAAUUUAUUACUUUUUUUAAAACCAGUAUGUAUUUAUAGAUUGCAUUUCCAGGGUAGCUAAGGCAAAGAAUGUCUUCCGCCCAGAACUGGGAUAGAGAGGCGAUCUAAGCACUGACCGGCCCAGUGGCCCAAGCCUCUGGGCCAAGCCGGGGACUCCACCAUGAGGCUCCGCCUCAAGCUUCACAUUGCCCAACUGUACACUGGACAACCCCUUCUUUUUAAAUGCUGGCUUCCAGGACCUUGGGCCCAAACUGACCUGGGGGACAGAUAAGCAGUCUAUCUUGUGUACGGGAUGAAGCAGGCCUAUAGGUAUAACAGAUGGACAAUGCCAAGGUUAUCAGGCAAGGCCAUGGGGUCCAGCCACUACCUCAGCGAGAUCCAGGUGAGCUCCCAGGAGCUGCAUGUCGCACUGCAUAUGUAACAGUGUUCCUGUUACUCCCAAGAGGGCACAGGGAUGGCCCUGCUACCCUCUAAGCUGGGUGUGACCAAUAAACAUAGAUGGUCUCCAGCCUCUGG